UCCCAGAAAUAAACAAUAGAUCCAUAAGUGUCAAAAAACGUAAAUAAAAAACGGAACAAAAGAUUGAUUUGAAGCAUUUCCCUACUUCAUUUUAUAAACAAUGCAUUUCAUUGUUUAUGUGGAUAAUUGUUGAUUUGCUAUAUUCAAAAUUUUCUCUCGAAAAGUAAUUGCAAAAAGUUUUUAUAUUGGCAGUAUGGUAUCUAACAAAGAAUCUGCUGUAAUAUUUGUAGAUAUCGAGGAAACUUAUUCCUACAAUGAAGAUUUAGUUUGUAAAUUUGUACUCAACCAUUAUACACCCCAAGAAGGUGAUAGGAUCGCCUUAUAUAGAUUGGGUUGGAAGUCUGUACGGGAUUAUAUUGUGUUCGAAUGGGCUCCUAUAGGGUUACCAGAAACUAUAGAACACCAUGUAGUAUUUGAGAAACAUUAUUUACCAAGAAAUGAAUCGGAAAUCUAUCAAAUCUGCUAUAUAAGUAGUGAAAACAUACUACAUGGAGCAACCAUACCCUUUCAAUUCCAGGAAGAAGUUUCAAAGAAACACAUUUUUUACACAUGUAGUUCUUCAGAAUUUGAAUCACCAUUGAUAUUGAGUUCUUUCGAGAAUAUUAUGAAGAUUCGCCAAAGUAGAAAAGAAAGAGAAAGAAAUUCUGCUAAUUCGACACCAUCAAAAAGAUCAAUUGGCAGUAAUGAGAGCCUGAAUCUUCACAACAGCUGUGAAAAGCAAAUAGCAGCAUUAAAAUUAGAAAUUGAGGAGUUGCAAAAAAAGUUGAUGUUGCAACAAAAUGAAUUGAAUCGUUUGAAAACCAAGAAAAAACCUCAAAAUGAAUCAAUUUUUAUCAAAGAUUCCAAGUACGAAUUAGGAGAGUUAGAUCCCAUACCUCCGUUCCCAUUGAAUAUUUGAAUCAGUCCAUUAUUUUUAAAAGGUCUUAAUAGAAGCUUCUUUUUAUUUUGAAACGAACAAAAUAUUUUAUUUUAUUGGAAAAUAUCGUUAUUUUCUUGUAUAUAAGUUUUAUUUUUCUGAUUUGCGUUUGUAUUAUUUGUAUUAUAGGUGUUGAAAUGAAAAAUAACUCUAAAGCUUUGUAAUUAGAGAAACUGUAGAAGAAUACUGAAUAAACGUUUUUUACAAUUGUGAACAUAAAA